AUGUCGCGGCGCCCAAAUCGCGUCUCCCCUCUCGCCAUCGUCCUGCCCCAGCCUCCGCUCCCUCGUCGUCGCUCAUCUCUUCUUUCUACUGACUCUGCUUCUUCUACCCCUAGGACUCCACGUUCCUCCGCUUGCGGCUCCCCAAACUGUUCAUCCUGGUUCAUCAAAUCAAACAAUAGAAAGAGCUCAGACAGCUGGAAUAGCUCAAAUCAAGAUUUUGGAGACGAUGUAGAGGCUGCUGACUGGAAAGCUGACCAUAUUUUAUUGCUGUCACGGACCCUAGAUGCUCUUCCUUCACAUCUAGUCACUCCUUUUAAUGGCCCUAUCCCUCCUUCUAAUCUCCUCGAUAAGAUUGCCCGAGGCGUUGCCCAGGCUAAGGGGCCUAAUGACUGGCCAUUUUCUCUUCGUGCAACUCGCGUAAAACUCAUUGAGAUUGCUCGUACACGCGCGAGAGAAGACGCCAAGGUAUAUGUGGAUGAGAAUGAUGAUUAUUUCUUUCGUGGUGGGGAACCCGACCUUCCUGCAGUUGGAAGGAAGCCCCGCCGUCCUGUAUACCGGCAGUCCAGUAUGGACUUUCUCUAUGGGUCUAUCUCCGAAGAUCAAGAUGAGCAUGACAAUAUUACGCGCUUAUCCAACCGUCUUCAGCGAACGUCAGAUUGCUUUGUCUCACCGACCACGUCUUAUCAUCCGUAUUCGCGGACGCGAGCAGCUAACCACCUUUCUCAGCGCCGUUCAGCUUCACCGCCCCGUCCCGGUCACCUUCCGUCCCUCCUUAGCCCAUCUACACCCAGUACCUCGACCCUCACUACUCUCACUACCAUUUCCUCCUCGUGCUCACAUCAUAAGCGCUCUGGGUCCACACUUUCGUCAAUGACCUCCAACGAGUCCUUGAGUAGUGCCGAUGCCAAACUGUCAUAUCAUCAGCUACUGCCUUCUUCCAUGGUUUCCGCUGCGGAUCCACGCGUCCAGCGUGUUCGUCGAUCAGAAUCACUUUGUGGGCCCUCAGCCUCCGUUAACGACCAUGCUGCUUUCAUACAAACCGCAACGCCUGCGCCCGUACGACAGUCGAUUAAGCGUGCCCCGUCUUUCGGUGCUGCGGCGCAAGAACUUAGAGAAAGUAAUCGAGCGAGGGUCGCUAAUGACCUCGGUCUUCUCGGAAUGGAAACACCCACUGAUGCGACCUCAUAUCCUUCUUCCGAUGAAGAGGAGAAAAAGAGGAGUAGACAUGUUAAGAAGGCGAGGACAAAGAAUAUUGUUACAUCAUCAUCGCCCCUUUUGCAACCAUCCUCAUCUAUCCCUACUCCCGAAAUCAAGGUCAAGGGCGCAAAGAAGUGCAGGGAGCAGAAGGAUUCUGGUCAUGGCAAGACGGAUGGUGACCGGUCAUCGUCUAGUGUCAGUCUUGGCAGCGGAAGGCAAUCAACGUCACAACGGCCAGCUCAGCGCGCGAAUCUCCAGCGAAAUCCCAGUAUUUUUGGUGACGAGCUUCCUCAUCUCCAUAUUCCCCCUCCGGACGAUCAUCAAAUGCAAGUCGACUCUAUGUACAUGGGUCCUAGCACGGUGAAGAAGACUCCUACCCUUCGUCGGGUACGACGAUUGGGUCUUGCGCCUUCGAGACGGAUAUCGUUUGGAAGUCUUGCUGUGCCCGAGGAUAGCGUAGUGUCACGUUUUGAUCAAGGACAUGACGCAGAUGUUGAAGAAGAUUGCGAAACUGGGCUGGGGGAAUCCAUUCUCGGUUUCUGGACGGCUCUUCGGUUAUCCAAGACCAUACACAGUUGGAACAUCCCCCUCAAUAUUAUUGCAACCAUCUAUUUCUCGCAACUACGCAGUUACAGCCGUCCUACUAUUGGCUCAACAAAUCAACUCUCGUUUUAUCACAUUACCACUCGAUCAUCUUUGUCUCUCGUUGCUCAAUUGUUUUUUCCAUCUCAUCCCAUCUCCCGUCUCUUUCUCAAAAUUGCUGUCGGAAUCCUCCUGUUGACACCUUCCCAUUACCCUCUUCCUGAUCGUUGGUCCGCCGCCUAUCGGCCUGUCACCAUAAUUCCGUUGGAACAGUUGUAA